AUGGACAAAACACUUGAGAAACGAAAAGUCGGCGUUCUUCCCAACAGAAAGAGGCCGAGAGUUGAUGAUGAAGAUGGAGUAAUUCAUCAUGUCAAGGAGGCUUUGGAUGAAUAUCGAGAGACAUUAUCUAAGCUCCUGCAAAAACACGAUAGUGAAUCCUACCAACAAGUUUAUUGGAGGCCUGAUAUUGAAGCAGCAAUGUGUCAGAGAAAGAAAGGAAACUUGGUUAACACGAGGAAACAAUUAGGUCCGAUUCCUGGAGUGAAGGUUGGUGACGAGUUUCGCAACAGGGCUGAACUAACUGUUGUUGGCCUCCAUCAUAAUUUUCGUCAUGGUAUUGAGUAUAUGAAGAAGGAUGGGAAAAUUUUGGCCACAAGCAUCGUUAAUUCUGGCCGUUACGCCAACCAUGUAGCAUCUCCUGAUAUCUUGACUUAUUCAGGUGAAGGUGGAAAUCCUAGGGUUGAUCCUAAAAAGCCAAAGGAUCAAAGACUUGAACGUGGAAACCUUGCACUAAAGAACAGCAUGGAAGAAGGAACUCAUGUAAGGGUAAUUCGUGGUAUUAAUCGUUUUGAGGUGGGUACACGUGCUAAGAAAAGUUCUUUCAGAACUUAUGUUUAUGAUGGUCUCUACAUAGUAGAGAGUUUUUGGCAAGAAAGAGAGGAAUUUGGCAAACUUGUGUUUAAAUUUUUGUUGAAAAGGAUUUCCGGGCAACCAAUAAUCAUAUGGGGAUAUUGUCCUAUUCGAGUGGUCAAUGCAGUAGAUAGGGCGAGUCCUCCAGCUUUCAAUUACAUAUGCAAUGUCAUUUAUCCAGAUUUCUUCAAGGCGACAAGAAAGGGGGGUUGUGAUUGUCUUCAUGGAUGCUUAGAAUCCAAGUCAUGUCCUUGUGUAAUGAAGAUUGCAAGGGUUUUGUCAUACAACAACACAAUAACAGGCACGAAAUCCCUUAUUUACGAGUGUGGUAUUAUGUGUAAGUGCUCUUCUUCUUGCAAAAAUAGAAUUAGUCAACAUGGCAUUCAGUUUAAACUUGAAGUCUUUAGGACAAAAUCCAAAGGAUGGGGUGUCAGAUCACGAUCAUAUAUUCCACAAGGAAGUUUUAUAUGUGAGUAUGUAGGAGAAAUUCUACAAGAUAAACAAGUUAAACAAAGAAGGGGGUUUGUCAUUGAUGCCACACGACACGGGAAUGUGGGAAGAUUUGUCAGUCAUAGUUGUUCUCCUAAUCUAUUUGCCCGAAGUGUCCUUCAUGAUCAUGACGACGCGAGGAUCCCACACAUGAUGUUAUUUGCUGAGAAGAACAUUCCACCGAACCAAGAGCUAACUUACGAUUAUAAUUUUAUAGUGGGCGGUUCCAAUGGCACUACCAUCAGAGAAGCUCUCCUCGACAAACCAUCUGGAGUUGCACCUAAUAUCAUCUAAGGCAACUCUUUUUAGCCAAUGGAGUGAACACUUCAUCAGAAGGUUUGCUUUCUUUCCAGACAUAUCGCUGAUGCUGCCGCUAAGCUUACCAAAAGGAGUUUGUGCUUUAGUAAGUGGGCCACGUUUCCCCCACCCUCCUUGGUCCCUAUUCUGUCGUGACACGGUCUGCCGGCCCCUACGUGAUCGAGUGGUCUUUUGUUGCUUAGGCUGGUUUUAGUUUGGUCCUGCUGUUUGACUCUGUACCUGUCUGCAAUGUCCAGUCUCUAGUUUUUGUGUGCUCUUUUUCUGUUAGUUACUUCUGGUGCUGCC